UUUAAAACCAUUUUGUUUGAAGAAUUAAACCCUAAUAAAAACAAAACUGGCACGCCAUCAAAUGAAAAAACAAAAACCGCAGGCGCCACCGCGAUAAACCGCUCCUGAAAAAACAACUCACCGGAAAAUCGCGUAACCGAACAGAAAUUAAGUUGGAGUUGCACUGAACUCGUCUGGCCGGAGUUCCGCCGGACUGAACUUUUUUCAAAUUUUCCGAUUUUCCUUCUUCUUCCCGGCAGCGCGCGCGAUUGCAAUUCCGGCGCGAUUUUCGACAAUAACCGCUCCUGCUAAAGGCUACGCAUCAGUGUAUGAAUUGCUUCGCAUCGAUACGAAGCUAUAAAAUCUAAUUAAUUUCUUAAUGGAUGAUUUUUUUGAUGAUAUUGAUACUAUUGUUCCUACUACACGUGCUAAAACAGGUUCAAGGUUUGCGCCAAAGGCUAAACCGAAACAACCUAUUAAAAAGAAUGUAUCUGCAUCAUCAGAAAAUGUAAUUUCAUCUAAAGAUGGGAACAAUGUGCUUGUUGAUUCAUCAACCACUAACAAAGAGUCUAAAGGAAUUUCUCAGAAUGAAUCUCAUAAUGUAGUUGCUGUAAGUUCCUCAGUUGAAGAACCUAUAAGCUCUGGUCAUAAUCGUCAUAUCAAUGUCAAUAACGUAACAGCGCAACCAGUUCAGCCUGCUAAUGCUGUAGAGAGUGUAUUGAAUAAUGUGGCUGCUCCAUCUACCAACUGCGCAACCAUAGGUAGGAGCAAUGAACUGCCUGCAAAUGUAGAAGGUUCAUUUCUUGAUCGCAACAAGAGUUUGGAAGUUAUUGAUAAUUCAUCGGAAGUUAGCCUAAAUGUGGGCUUCAAAAGUGCUUCAGGCGACAGUAACACUGUAACUGGAAUAUAUGAGAGCAACAUACAUUCAAAUUUUGGGUUUGGAGAAGUGCAAGAGGUCUUGUCUUCGGAAUUUGAGUUUGAUCCUUUCAGCAAUGUCCUCCCUGAUCCAGGCACUAGGAAUGCCAAAAAGUUUCAACCCAAGAUUAAGCCACGGCCUAGAGUCAGCAAUGCACCAGCUACUGCGUCAUCUGGCUUAGGUAUUCCGUUUUCUGAAGACAAUAUAAGCUUGGAAGCAGUUAUUCCUUCCCAUCCAGAUUCCCCGAAUGCUCUGACAUCAGAGGCUGUAGUUCAUGAUGGAACUAGAGAUUUACCUUCUAGCUUUGGUAAAUCAGCUGCAGAGACAGCAGAUAUUUUUUCCGGGCUAGAAUCACUAGAUGACAUUCGCAACCAAGCUUCAACUGGAAUAGGAAAACCAGAUCUUAAAUCAUUCAAUGUGAAGGGCGCAGAGGAAAAUUUAGUCUUUCCAGGAUAUGAUAGCAAAAGUAGGUCGGAAACACAGGAAGGCGCUGACUUGAAUGCUGACUGCCCAAUUGACAAUGUCUAUGAUUAUCAAUCCAUGAAAUCUGGCACAGAUCCAACAUCUGAAAUUCCAAGGCAUGAAGGGUUGACAAAUUCUGCAGAUAGUCCCACAUUGGCUGACCUUAUGCAGCAAGACGGUACUGGAGAGAAAGAAGAUGCGAAUGAGAGAAAAAAAUCUGUAAGGAAGAAUAAAAGAUCAUCUAUUGCUGGUGUGGAAGAUAAAGGUGGUAAAACCUCAAGGAAGACGAGAAAACAAUCAGUUCAUAAAACUGCUAAAAACUCAUUGAAUGAGCCUAUUGAGGACGAUGAUGAUGUCCUCGACCCUCCUUAUGAGUUUGAUGGAGAUGAACUUGAAGAAAAUGACGAUGAGAACGAAGUGGAUGAUUCAUCCAAGAAAAAAAGAGCAUCAACAAGUUCAAAGAAGAAAUCUGUGGCUAAAAAUGGAAAAACAUCUGGAAAACGCAAGAAGGCUAAUGAUGAUUUAGACAAGGUUACUGAAAAACCUCCUAAAAAGUUCCCACAUUCAUCUCGGCGAAGAAAAAGAUGUGUGGACAAGGCUUUGCUGGAUGAUGAAUAUCUUGAUCAACGAACAUUACCUCUCAGGGAUAUUAUUUUACUUGCAGAACAUAAAGAGCGAUUGGCGAAAAAGGAGGGAACAACUACUAAUACAUCUUCCACCAAUCAAAGCAAUGGGGAUUUUCUUCAUGAGGCUGAUGCUAACAAUGAAGAUGAGUUUUAUGGGUCAGAUGAUGGUUAUAGAGACCCAUAUGAUGAUCAAUAUCAAGCCAGUGAAAAUAUUACAUCAACUGCUCCUUUAUUGAAUUACCAGUCAUUCAUGGACAAGACACCUAGAGCAAAAUGGUCAAAACAAGAGACUGAACUGUUUUAUGUGGCAGUUAGCUUUUCAACAGAUUUUGCUAUGAUACAACAAAAUUUUUUCCCCAAUAAAACACGCCGUCAAGUUAAGUUGAAGUUCAAGAAGGAAGAGCGGCAAAAUCCUUUACAGUUAGCUGAUGCUUUGAAUAAUCACGCAACAGAUCUUUCUAAAUUUAAAUCGCUGGCUGAGAAACUGGGACAAACUUCUAAUAAGGCAGAACAAGAUACUGCUAGAGAUGCUUCGGAUUUCAUGCCAGGGGAGGAGGUUGAGGAGCUGACACCUGAAACUAAUGAAGAGGUUGCAGCAACUCAGCAGGAGCAGGACCACAUCAAUGUUAAAGAUCAGGAAGAUUCUGUGGCAUAUCCAGUUCCGGGGCAAUCUGACGACGACGAUGAUGAUGAUGGUGGUGAACAUCAGUUACUAGAUUGGUCUCAGUAUCAAAGUUCUAUUUAGUGAUAAAGAAUGCUAUGUUGAUCUCAUUUUUUAAAUUGAAGUUUAGGUGAUAUUUUAGUUUUUCGCCAAUUGAUUUGUGAAAUCACUUUGCCAACUUCUAAUUUCAUAGUCUAGGAUAUAUUUAUUAUUUCUCUUUUGUAAGUUGCACGCAUAACACAUUGGUAUAUAAGUUUGGUAAAUUGAUAACUCAGAUUGUUUCUGAGACAUACAUUAUUGUCCUGAAGGCAGUAAUUGAUUAGGUACUAUAAUGAGUACUAAUGUACUAUAAUCUCCACUCUUUUCGGAUAGUUAGUAUUUUGAGAAAUCAUCGUAAGUAUCA